CGAAAGUGAAAGUUAGUUUUCCGGUCGCCAUUUUGAGGUGGAAAAAUACGACAUACGACACGAAAAAAAAAACAGAGCAUCAAAGUGUUUAUCAACGCUUAAGAAUUAAUUUACUUGUAUCUUUAUAAUGUUAAAGUUGGACGAUUUGAGAUCCUGUAUUUUGUAAAAGUUUGAUCAAGAGUCAGUGGAGGAGAUCAAACUCAUCAGAUUCUCCUGAUCUUCAUCAUGGCUGAUUCACAAUCAUCCAGAGAUGGAGAUUUCUCUCCAGGACGCAGUUCAGUCCAGCAGAAGAGCUCAAACCCAGAGUCCAGCUGUGUGUCUGUGAAGAGUGACUGGUCUAUGGAUCGCCCAAUAUAUUUUAAGAGUGGAGACAAACGGCCUAAUCUCAGUUUUGAACCCAGUUCAGUCCAGCAGAAGAGACAAAAACCAGAGUCCAGCUGUGUGUCUGUGAAGAGUGACGCCUCUAUGGAUCAGCCAAUAAACUUCAAGAGUGGAGACACACGGCCUGAUCUCAGGUCAAAUCUUCCAUCCAGACCAGUUAAAAACAAAACUGUGUUCAUGCCUGUGAUUCAACCACAAGACUUUCAUGAACGCAUGUGUCCUGGUUUCAGCCAUGACUCUAAAGCUGCUGAAGUCCUCAACACACUGAGAUCAAAUCUGAGACAGAAGUUUGAGUGUGUGUGUGAGGGAAUAUCAAAGCAGGGAAAGCCAACACUCCUGAAUGAGAUCUACACAGAGCUCUACAUCACAGAGAGUGGAAGUGGAGAGAUCAAUAAUGAGCAUGAGGUGAGACAGAUUGAGACACAGUCCAGGAGAGCAGAAACAGAGGACACACCGAUCAAAUGCAGUGACAUCUUUAGACCUUUACCUGGACAAGACAAACCCAUCAGAACUGUGCUGACAAAGGGAGUCGCUGGCAUUGGAAAAACAGUCUCUGUGCAGAAGCUCAUCCUGGACUGGGCUGAAGGGAAAGAGAAUCAGGACGUCCAGCUCAUAUUUCCACUGGCUUUCAGAGAGCUCAACUUGAUGAAGGACAAAACACUCAGUCUUUCAGAUCUUCUUCAUCGCUUCUUCCCUGAAAGCAGAGAAAUGGCCAUAUCCAGUGAUGAGUAUAAAGUGCUGUUCAUCUUUGAUGGUCUGGAUGAGUGUCGUCUGUCUCUGGAUUUUCAGAGCGAUGUGAGGUUGUGUGAUGUGACUGAAUCAGCCUCAGUGGACGAGCUGCUGACGAACCUCAUUGUGGGGAAUCUGCUUCCCUCGUCUCUCAUCUGGAUCACCUCCAGACCAGCAGCAGCGGAUCUCGUCCCCUCUGAGUGUGUCCAUCGAGUGACAGAGGUACGAGGCUUCAGUGACGCACAGAAGCAGGAAUACUUCAGGAAGAGGAUUCGUAAAAAGAGAUUGGCUAAAAGAAUUAUCUCACACCUGAAGUCCUCAAGGAGCCUCUUUAUUAUGUGCCACAUCCCAGUGUUCUGCUGGAUCUCAGCCACUGUUCUAGAGGAGAUGUGCAGUGAAGCAGAGAGACGAGAGAUUCCCAAGACUCUCACUCAAAUGUACACACACUUCCUGCUCAUUCAGACCAACAUCAAACAUGAGAAGGACUAUGAGAAGAAAGUGAAAGAUGAAGACAUGAUCGUCAAACUGGGGGAACUGGCGUAUCGGCAGCUUGUGAAAGGCCACCUGAUCUUCUAUGAGGAAGACCUGAGCGAGUGUGGCAUUGAUGUGGCAGAAGCAUCAGUUUACUCAGGAUUGUGCACUCAGAUCUUCAGACAGGAGUUGGGCUUGUGUCUGGGGAAAGUCUUCUGCUUUGUUCAUCUGAGCAUUCAGGAACAUCUAGCAGCUCUAUAUGUGCAUCUCUCCUUUAUCAACAAUAACAUCAAUGUGUUUGACCAGAUUACCAAACCAACUAAUGGAGGCAAAGUGUCCCUAUCUGAUCUCCAUCAGAGAGCUGUGGAUGAGGCUUUACACAGUAGAAAUGGGCAUCUGGACCUUUUCCUUCGUUUCCUUCUGGGUCUGUCAGUGGAGUCUAAUCAGAGUCUCUUACAAGAACUAAAGACACAGACAGCAAACAGCUCUCACAACAAUGAGGAAACAGUUGACUAUAUUAAAGAGAAGAUCAGUGAGAAUCCCUCUCCAGAGAAAUACAUCAAUCUGUUUCACUGUCUGAAUGAACUGGGGGAUCUUUCUCUAGUGAACAAAGCUAAACGUCAUACAAGCCGUGGAGGAUUACUUGCUGUGAAACUCUCCUCGUCUCAGUGGUCAGCUUUAGUGUUUGUGUUGUCCUCAGAGAAGACACUGCAGGAGUUUGACCUGAGGAGCUUAAUUGGAUUCAGUAAUGAUGGUGUCCCACAAAACACUGCAGAUGAAGUUCUUCUGAAGCUGAUGCCUGUGGUUACAGCAACUAGACACGCUCAGUUGAUGCAGUGUGGAGUCACAGAUGAAGGUUGUGUUGCUCUGGCUUCAGCUCUGAGAUCAAACCCCUCACACCUGAGAGAACUGAAUCUGACUGAGAAUAAAAUAGGAGACUCAGGAGUGAAGCAGCUUUCUGAUGUACUGGCGAAUCCUCACUGUAAACUGGAGAAACUGUGAUUCCUCUGAACUGCUACUACUUGAAGACUCUGUAUCCUCUGGAUCAGCUAGGUCGUUCUCAUACUCCGCCAGAUGUCCCGGAAGCUUUCUGCUCCUUCUUGGACGGGAACUAUGCUUUGGAAUCUUCUCCUGAGGAACUUCAUCUUGUGGAGUUGCCAUCUUGUUGACUCAGCCAAUAAACAUCCGGCUCGAAGGACCACUUGUGAGAGACCGUGUGCGUCUGCAGCUGAUUAUAGAUUGCUCGUCAACUGAGUCUUCCUAGGUCAGAAGGAAUAGGCAAAUCCAAUGGUGCAGUUUACAUAUUUAUUGAGGAAUAAGGUACAUGGAGGAUAAGAGUUUGCAGAUAUCAAUAUGACACAAUAUGUGUCGAUGUGUGUAUGUGUGAGUGUGUGGUUAUCUGAAACAGAAAAUACAAUAAAGUGUAUAUUAACAAACAUGUAGGAUGGUUUCAUGCAGUUGCAUAAAGAAAUGGACCGUAGUACAACCAAAAUCCUCUAGAGGGAGCUCUAACACUAUAAAUGAACUUGCAUAAUUACCACAAAUUUC